AUGUCCAUCCGCACCGCCCGCCGGAGCGUCGACCACGGAAUUGUCCUGCCACCCGUCUUCCGCACGCUAUCCUUCGGCAUCGAAGAGACAAAACGCAACCUCGCAAAAGGCGCAAAAGACACGAAGCGCUCCAGCUUAAAGAAGAAGUCCAAGGAUAAACGCAAGGAUGCCAGCCCCAAGACGCUCGCAGAGACAGAGCUCAACAAUGUCGACUACCACAAGGCUUCGAUUGAGGAGCUGAUGCAACGUUUCCGUUCAUCGCAGACGAAUGGUCUCUCUGGCGUGGCUGUACUGGCCAAGCUCAAGGAGUUUGGACGAAAUGUGCCUUCUCCGCCUCCGUCGAGAUGGUUCAAGCAGACGAUGGGAUAUCUAUUCGGUGGCUUUGGAGCUAUUUUGUUCACUGCUUCCAUUCUUGUGUUCAUCGCAUGGCGUCCGUUGGGAGACCCGAACCCAGCUGUUGCGAACUUGGCCCUCGGAAUCGUCCUCGCUAUCGUCUGGGUUGUUCAAGCAGCUUUCUCCUUCUGGCAAGACUUCUCCAGCUCCCGCGUGAUGAGUUCAAUCACCCAGAUGCUUCCGGAAUCCGUAAACGUUCUCCGAGAUGGCACACAGCAAACGGUCGACGGAAGAGAUGUGGUACCCGGAGACAUCCUUCGCAUUUCCAUCGGCAACAAGCUUCCAGCAGACGUCCGCUUUCUCGACAUCCAAGACGCCAAGUUCGACCGCAGUAUCCUCACUGGAGAGCCUCUCCCGCUUCUUGGAUCUGUCGACUCCACGGAUGACAACUACCUCGAGACCGCUAACAUUGGCUUGGCCGGAACGCAUUGUGUCUCGGGUACCGCCUGGGGUCUUAUCGUGGAGACGGGUGAUCGCACUGUCUUUGGCAGGAUUGCGAAGCUUACAAGCGCUCCAAAGAAGGGCAUGUCUCCGCUGCAGAAGGAGAUCUUCUACUUCGUUUCUUUGAUCGUCUGCAUCAUGCUGACGAUGGUGACUAUCGUGCUCAUCAUCUGGGGAGCAUGGCUCCGACAAGACCACAGGGACUGGAUCUCAGUCUCCAACCUCAUCGUCUCGUGCGUGAGUGUUGCAGUAGCCUUCAUACCCGAGGGAUUGCCCAUCGCUGUCACUGCCUCGUUGACGAUCACCGCUUCCAUCAUGAAGAAGAACAACAUCCUCUGCAAGAGUUUGAAGACUGUGGAGACGCUCGGCAGUGUCAAUAUCAUCUGCUCGGAUAAGACUGGCACUCUCACAAGGAACCAGAUGACCGUGACCGACUUCCUCGUCGGCAAGGACCAAAUUUCCGCCAAAGCCGCCCCUUCUCACUACCCAACCAGUGAAGGCUGCCGCCAACUCGCCAACUGCGCCUCCCUAGUCAACGAAGCCGAAUUCGACGCAUCGACCAUGGACCGCGCCAUCGCCGACAGACUCAUCCGCGGAGACGCCACCGAUAGCAGCUUACUCCGCUUCGUCGAAAGCAUGCGUUCCGUCGCCGAAAUCCGCCGCAGCUGGACCUCCCGCUUCAAGAUCGCAUUCAACAGCAAAAACAAGUUCGCAGUCACCGAAGCAGUUAGCGAUACCGCCGACUCCACUGAUUCAGCUUUGCUGUUCGUCAAGGGCGCGCCGGAUGUUCUUCUGCCGAGAUGCGCGCGUUAUGUUGAUGCUGAUGGUGUGACGCAGUCGCUUUCGGUGGAGGAGAAGAGACGGCUUGAGGAGAUCAAGGAUUAUUGGUCUAGUCAGGGGAAGAGAGUGGUUUUGUUGGCUUCGAAGCCACUCAACAAGACUCUGUUUGAUCCUGCGACGCAACAGCGCGAGUAUGAGCGAGAUGUCAUGGGUCGGAUUGAGAGUGACUUGAUUCUGGUCGGUCUUGUUGCUAUUGUUGAUGCGCUGCGACCUGAGAUUCCGGACGUGGUCGCCACGUUGCGCGGAGCGGGGAUCAAAGUUGCAAUGGUGACCGGCGACUUCAAGUUGACAGCAGCAGCGAUCGCCGCCUCAGCCGGCAUUCUCACUUGCCAACCACACGAAGCCGACGACGUUACACACCUGACCUUCGACGAAGAAUACCUGGACAACGCUGGAAUCCAUGAGGAGAAAGGAAGAGUCUCACAAGACUCGAUCUCCACAAAGUCCAUCGUCCUAAGCGGAGCCGAUAUCGAGACUCUAGACGAUCACAUGUGGGACAAGCUCGCGACUUACGACGAGGUCGUCUUUGCAAGGACUACGCCUGAACACAAGCUCAAGAUUGUGAAGGAGUAUCAAGAGCGGGAGUUCAUUGUUGGCAUGACUGGUGACGGCGUGAACGAUGCUCCCUCGUUAAAGCAGAGCGACGUUGGUAUCGCCAUGGGCUCCGGAAGCGACAUCGCCAUCGAAGCCGCCGACAUGGUCCUCCUCGACAGUUUCGCAGCCAUCGUCGAAGCAGUCAAAUACGGCCGCGUGGUCUACGACAACCUGAAGAAGACCAUCUGCUAUCUCCUUCCCGCCGGAUCUUUCGCCGAAUUCCUGCCGGUCAUCACGAACAUCGCCUUUGGACUGCCGCAGAUUCUUUCCUCUUUCCUCAUGAUAAUCAUCUGCUGUUUUACGGAUUGCGCUGCAGCCACAGCUAUGGCGUAUGAAGCUCCUGAAGCAGAUGUCAUGCUGCGCAAGCCGAGGAAUGCGAAGAAGGAUCGGUUGGUCAACUGGAAGCUCAUCUUGCAGGCAUACGGGUUCAUCGGUAUGCUGGAGUCAGUCUGCAGCUUCGCAAUGGCCUACUGGCUGGCAGAAAGGCGAGGCAUUCCCUUCAGCACGCUGUGGUUUGGCUUCGGUGCCGUCCCUACCGGGAUGAGCAGCGAUCGCUACACCGAGAUUCUGAACGAGGCGAGCGCGGUGUAUUUUGUCAACUUGGUGGUUAUGCAAUGGUUCGUCGUCUUCGCCCUUCGAACCCGCCGGCUCUCCGUCCUCAAGCAGCGCAUCAAUUACCUCCUUGGACCGGCAAUCAUCUUCGCCCUGUUGAUUGCCAUCCUGUUCUUAUACCCGACGCCUUUCCACAACAAAUUAGGAACUUCAGUAAUUCCCGUUGAGUACUGGUUCCUACCUAUGGCAUUCGGAGCCUCGAUUCUUGGAUUGGAUGAAUUGAGGAAAGCGGGAGUGCGAAGGUGGCCAUCUGGUUUGCUUGCCAGGAUUGCUUGGUAG